UGCUAGCACCUGUCAACCAAACUCACUGAAGACACGAGAGAGUCGCCCUAGGUCACGAGUUAGGGAGGCUUGUCGACGAGGCAAAAUGUCGCUAACGAACCUCCCGCCUCCACUUAGCGACAUUUCGAACCAGCUCAAUAGGAGCUUCACUCAGUUAAAGACCACCUUUUCAAAGAUUGACAAGUGCGAAGACCCCUCUCGACAAAGUCAAUUGCUGGAAGAUGUCACGCCGAAACUCAGAGAGUGUAGAAGGUUAAUUCAGGAAUUCGAACGCGAAAUGAAAGACCAAGAAGCUAAGAACUCACCAGAAGUCAACAAAAUGCUUCAGGAGAAGAAGAGGGCCCUUGUGAAGGAUCUGAAUGCCUUCGUAACUCUAAAAAAAACCUAUCAGGGCGCUAUUCAGGAAGGCCAGAAGGUGAAGCUGGGUGAAGACGGAAGGACGGCUGAAGUUGUGGGGGCUCCCAGACUAGCAUCGGCAAUGACGAAUGCUCAGCUGAUGGAGGAGGGGAAUCGUGUCUUGGGGCAAACGGACCAAUCUGUUCUAAGAUCCAAGCAGGUUGUUGAGAACACUAUCAACAUUGGGGCAGCAACAGCCACGACUCUGAAGGGACAGACAGAACAAAUGGAACGAAUUGUCGAUAAACUUGACAAUCUGGAAUUCUCCCUCAAGCGUGCAACCAAGCUUGUAAAAGCUUUGGGACGACAGAUGGCAACAGAUAAAUGCAUCUUGGCAAUGCUGGCGUUUGUUAUCCUUGGAGUGAUUGCCAUCAUCGUUGUCAAGAUUGUGGACCCGCAUAACAAGAAGCUAAGUGACUUUGGACCCCAGGCGCCCCCUGCUACAAACUGAAGUAAUAUUUUACUCAUUGAAGAUUACGCAAUUGCUUUCAAGAUUAGUAACUUACACAAUCAAGCAGCAGCCCUCAUUGCAUCACAGACAAGUGGUACAGUUGGUAUUCCCAUUCUGUUCCUCUUAAAGUUGGUAGUUCAUCUCCUGUCCACCCUCCCUGGUAGCUACUCUCCUUGACGCCCUUGGUACCAUAAAGAGAUCACACACACACAUACACGCACAAGAAUCAACAGAUGAUGUGCCAUAUAUGCAUUCAGACUCUGCAGAUGGCUUUUUUAU